AACUGCGCAUUACAACGAAUUGGGUUCUGUCGACUAGCGAGAGACGCAGCGACCAAGGAGGAAAGUUCCGGGGCGGGUGCGAGCCGAUAGCUUUGUGUCGGCUGGUUUCCAUGGAGACGGAAACAACCGUUGAGGGUGCUGGGAAUCUGAGCUAACCCAGCUCCUUCAUCUCCUCGGCCUCUUCUCCUCCCCCCCCCAUUUAAAUUUUAACCAUCUGUAGUUUGGAGAGAGACUGUCUUCCGGCUCUUCCUGGUUUGUAGAUGCGGUGUUUUUCCGGGCUUAUAUAGGAUUUGCGAUUUUUCCUGUCACCGGUGGGGCUGGGAGCAGUGCGGAAAAGCUCUUUGAUAGGGAGGAACGCAUCUGAUGCAUUUCAUGCAGAAAGCUACGUUCUGGUACUUUUGAAGGAAAUGGUGCUGCUCCAUGUGAAGCGUAGUGAUGAGAGCCAAUUUCUGUUUGAAACAACAGGCAGUACUUCCAUUGAAGAUCUGACAUUGGCAGUAACAAGGAUCUACAAUGGGAGGCUCAAAGUUCAACGUGUUUGUGCAGAACUGGAAAUGCUGGCAGAGCAUGGUAUUUUAUUACCUCCCAAUAUGCAAGGCCUGACGGAUGAACAAAUUGAAGAGCUGAAGCUGAAGGAUGAAUGGGCAGACAAAUGUAUUCCAAGUGGUGGAAGUGUUUUUAAAAAAGAUGAAAUUGGGCGGAGAAAUGGCUAUGCUCCAAAUGAAAAAAUGAAGCAGGUUCUAAAAGCAACAAUUGAAGAAGCCAAGGCAAUAAUAUCUAAGAAACAAGUUCAAGCUAAUGUAUGUGUUAAUAUGGAUAUGGUGAAAGAUGCACUGGACCAGCUCCGAGGAGCUGUGAUGAUUGUUUAUCCAAUGGGACUGCCUCCAUAUGACCCAAUUAGAAUGGAGUUUGAAGAUAAGGAAGAUCUGUCAGGAACUCAUGCUGCUCUUGAGGUUAUUGAGGAACCAGAGGCACAGUUAUGGUGGGCAGCAAAGGAGCUGAAAAGAAUAAAUCAGCUUUCUGACUAUGUGGGCAAAAAUGAAAAAACCAAAAUUAUUGUCAAGAUACAGAAGAAAGGACAAGGUGCUCCAGCCCGUGAACCAGUUAUAAGUAAUGAAGAACAAAAACAAAUGAUGCUUUAUUAUUACAAAAGACAAGAGGAACUCAAGAAAUUAGAUGAUGAUGAUGAUGAUUCCUGUUUAGAUUCUGAAUGGGCUGACAGUCGUGCCUUGAAAAGACAUUUUCAUGGUGUAAAGGACAUCAAAUGGAGACCAAGAUAAAGUGAUCUGCAUAGACUGUUUUAUUUUUAACAAGAUUAAUUGAUCUAUUGGGUAUACUGGAAGUUUGGAUGCAAAUACAUGCAUUGUAUUUUCUUAGUUCCAAUUCUGUAGAAGAGAUGUUUUGUGUGAAGUUUAGUUGCAGUAUAUCCUCAGAGUCUUAUGAACAAGAUACAUUUUAGCAGUAGAAAAGCAGGUGUUCUACUCUAUUUUGGAAAUCAGUUUUCAUAGGCUAUCAGAUCAGAUGUUUAUAUUUUAGUUUUCUAAGAAAACUGUCAUGCUAAUAAAAAGGUUUGUCCUUGAUCUGCA